AUGCGUCCUACCAUAGGCGUGGCUUUAGGCCUUGUGAGUAGCGUUUUUGCUGCUCCUGCGCCAGAAGCCUGUGAAGGCGAUAGGACUGAUGUUAUGCUCCAGCCGUAUGUGAUUGUGCAUGAUGAUAACUCAUGGUCUGCUCAGACUCUCAUUCCUCUUCAGCAGUACAAUCCUGCAAAUUCCGGUUCAACUUCCUCUCCAGGAGUCCCAAGUCCUUGCAUCAACUGUAUUACUAUUACUACUACCGGUCCUGUUCCUUAUGUCACUACAUUUCCUCCAGCUUCAGCUGGAGGAAAAACUACAGUCCUUACCUGCUCCGGACGUAAGACUGUAACUGUAACUGGCACCGUUUCAAGCACUACAACUAUCACUCCGCCACCUCAUUGCGAUGAGUGCUCAGCUACGGUAGUUGUUCCAGCCACUGUUACCGAUAUCAAUACUGUAACAGCACCUGCAUGCCAUGAAUGCGUUACUGUUACUGUUAGUGGAACAACCCCUUGGGUCACUACUGUCCCCCCGACUUCAUCAGGACAUAAGACUACAGUCUUUACCUGUCCGGGCCAGAAGACGGUGACAGUGACUGGCACGAUUUCAAGUACUACGACUAUCAACCCUACAUCGGGAUGUAGUGACUGCACAGUCACAGUGAUUGUUCCCCCAGCCACAUCCUCACCUGCCAGUGGACUUGUUACUACAAUCACGACUACGGGUACCGCAACUGGCAUUACUACCCUGCCUGGAACUAGCGGUGGUAUCACUACUGUCAUUACCACUGCUACAGGACCUCCCCUGAUUACUGAAACGACGACGGCAAGAACAACGACUGGUCUAACCACCUUACCUGUCUCAAGUGGUGGACAAACCACUACUGGGGCCUAUACAACAUCAGCGCCAGCAGGAGGUCUUACUACAGUCACUAGCCAGGGUACCACUACUGGCCUAACUACCUUACCUGCUACUUCAGGCGGCACUACUACAGUUGUUAAGUAUACAACCCCUGGCGGUGGCCUCACCACUGUGACCUCAACUGCAUCAACUACUGGCUUGACAACACUUCCCGCGACGAGUGGUGGCACUACAACUAUUGUCACGUAUGUUACGCCAUCUUCAGUCGAAACUGGCGGCUUAACUACCUUGACUUUAACCGCUUCUACUACUGGUCUGACAACACUCCCCGCGACGAGUGGUGGUACCACUACUGUUGUCACGUAUGUCACCACCGGAGGUGGCCUUACCACUGAGACCUCAACUGCAUCAACCACUGGCUUGACAACACUUCCCGCUACAAGCGGUGGUACGACCACUGUUGUCACCUAUAUCACUACCGGCGGUGGCCUUACCACUGAAACUUCUACAGCUUCCACUACUGGUCUGACUACUCUUCCUGCUACCUCAGGCGGAACUACAACUAUUAUUACAUUUGUGACACCUCCCGGAGGCGGCCUUACCACUAAAACCUCUACUGCUUCCACUACUGGUCUGACUACUCUUCCUGCUACUAGUGGAGGCACGACUACUGUUGUAACAUUUGUGACACCUCCUGGUACUGGUGGUCUCACCACCAAGACUUCAACUGCUUCUACUACUGGUCUAACUACUCUUCCUGCUACUGAAGGUGGCACUACCACAAUUAUCACCUAUGUUACCCCCGGCGGUGGACUUACCACUGAGACUUUAACUGCAUCAACCACUGGAUUGACAACACUUCCGGCAACAAGCGGCGGCAUCACCACUAUCGUCACAUACACUACUCCUCCGCGAACUACCGUUACUUCUGAGGCCAGUAAAACUGGUCUUACUACCCUCCCUGCAACCAGCGGCGGUACUAUUACUGUCGUUACUUAUACUACUCCUCAGCAAACCACUGUUGCUUCCGAGCUUAGUACAACUGAUCUGGCUACCCUCCCAGUAACCAGUGAUGGCACUACUACUGGUAUUACUUCGACGACUUCUCAGCAAACCACUUUUACCACUGAGGCUACUGCAACUGAUUUGACUACCAGCUUAGCAACCAGUGGUGGCACUACAACUUCUACUUCUGAGUGCUCUGUGAUAUCAGGAUCAACCACAGUUAGCGCAACCCUCAAUUCGUCAGGAUCGGCCAGUUUCCAAGUACCCGCCUGUGCCACGAGCAUGGUUUUCAGUGUCACUGGCGGUUCCGGUCACCCAAGGGGUGGUUCAGGGGGCAAUGGAACUAUCUUGCAAGGUUCUAUGCCAGUUGUACCGGGGCAGUCAAUCCAGGCUAUAGCUGGAGGCCAAGGCUUGGGCUCUGAUACAGGAAUAGGUCACCCUGGACAGGGAUAUGGUAACGGUGGUAAUGCCACUCAAAAUGGCGGAACUGGCGGCGCAGGAUCAGCGCUCUUCGUCGGGGGAGACUUGGUUGUCGUCGCUGGUGGUGGAGGAGGCUGCUAUUCAGCCUAUGAGUGGCACUUGUCAGGUGACCAACGAUACUACACUUACAGAUCUGACUUUGUGGAUGUAAGCAGGGGCGGUAGUAUCUCUGGUGUUCGGGGCUCUGACGGCUGGGACUUAUCCAUCAAUCAAUUCCUCAAGCCGGGCAAUGGAAUUGCGACUAUGCUUACCAUGGGUGGAGGCAAAGCGGGUACUACCUCUGGUCCCGGUGCUGCAGGUGAUUACAUCUCUGGAGUCUAUCUCGGCUUCACUGCAGGUCAGCCAGGAAACGGUCAGAAUGGAGGUGAUGGCGGUACUGCUAAUCAUACAAACACUGCAGGAGGCGGCGGAGGUGGUGGCGGCGGCUACUUUGGAGGAGGCGGUGGUGCUAGUGGAUGGCAUCAGAACGAAACCGCAUACGGAGCUGAUUCCACGGUUUAUUCUGGUGAGAUAGCAGGCUCUCCCGGGGGUGGCGGAGCCAGUUAUGCUGCACCUGGUCUUAAUGUCUCCGAGACAUGGCAAACAGAAACAGCUCCCGGCAGUGUUAUUCUGACCUUCUUCUAG